CAAGUAAGUUCCAGUAUUUGUUACAUUACUAUUUUUGACAGAAACUUGACAAAUGGUCCUAAUAUCGGCACUCGCUUUUAUAUAGAGAAUUUAUUUUAAUUAUUGUGUGUGCAUCACCAGGAUACAAAACAUGUAAAUAGUAGUUAUGGCAUUACCAUGUUUUGAAUAUAAACCUGUAUUCCUGAAUUGCAAACAAUUAUCCGAACUUUACUGCUUCAGAAAGUUUGUAGCACUGACGUAAUGGCGCUAUCGUUACACAGCCUACAGGCAGUGGUAGUUCCACAUGGCGUCUCAACAAUCGCAGACUCUUCUGACUCUGAAUUCCAAUGCAGUGUCAGAUCUUAAAGAAGGCAUUAACUUUUUAAGGAACAAGGAAGAUGGCAAAAAUUAUAUUAUCUACAAAAGCAUGGAUGUCAUGCGGGCAUGCAAAAACCAGUGCAAACAUCAAGGUGGUCUGUUUGUUAAAGACAUAGAGGAUUUAGAUGAAAGCACAGUGCGUUGUACAAAACAUAACUGGAAGUUGAAUGUCUCCACAAUGAAAUAUGUAAACCCACCUGACUGCUUCCAACAGGAUGAACUUGUCCUUGAACCUGAUGAAAACGGAGGGCUGCAGCUGCUGGAGCUCAACCCACCUGACCCUUGGCAAGCCGACCCGAGAACACCUGAAGAACUGGAACCUGGAGAGGUGCUGAUAACCUACAUGACUCAUGCGUGCAUGAAGCUUGACCUGGGGUCUAAAACAAUGGUGUUUGAUCCAUGGCUGACAGGCCCUGCUUUUGCACGAGGCUGGUGGCUGCUCCAUGAGCCUCCUUCAGACUGGCUGGAAACCAUCUGCAGUGCUGAUUUGAUAUAUAUAAGCCACAUGCACUCUGACCACCUCAGUUAUCCAACAUUAAAGAAAAUUGCAGAGAAACAACCCAACAUACCAAUAUAUGUUGGAGAUACCUCAAGGCCGGUAUUUUGGUACCUAGACAGAAGUGGAGUGAAAUUAACCAACAUUAAUGUGGUCCCUUUUGGAAUCUGGCAAGAGGUGGAUGCCAACUUAAGGUUUAUGAUACUAAUGGAUGGGAUACAUCCGGAAAUAGACACUUGCAUUAUUGUGGAAUAUAAAGGUCACAAGAUUCUAAAUACUGUGGAUUGCACCCGUCCAAAUGGAGGCGUACUACCCAAAAAUGUUGAUGUCAUGAUGAGCGAUUUUGCAGGCGGUGCUUCAGGAUUCCCCAUGACGUUCAGUGGUGGUAAAUACACAGAGAAAUGGAAGGCUGACUUCAUAAAAACAGAAAGAAAGAAGCUGCUCAACUACAAAUCCCAGCUGGUGAAAGACUUGCAGCCCAAAGUUUACUGUCCAUUUGCAGGUUAUUUCGUAGAAGCACACCCAUCAGACAGCUAUAUAAAGGAAACAAACCUCAAAAACAACCCUGAAGAACUCAAUAAGCUGAUCACAAAGACGUCUUUUGUUAGCACAUGGACACCCAAGUCAGGGGCAGUUCUUGAUAUGGCCAGAAUCUUGAAAGACCCAUUGGAUAGUGAAGCCAUAAUUGAUCCUCCUGCUGGAACAAAGUUGUACAAAGACAAUUGGGAGUUUGAUGUUUAUGUGAACGAGAUCAACACAGCAAUCAGCAAUGAGAUAUUCCAGCAUAACGACUGGAUCAAUUUCUACUACAACUGGGCUGGAUUUCGAGACUACAAUCUAGUGAUACGGAUGAUUGAAACAAAUGAUGAUUUCAGCCCUUUACAUAGUGGGUUUGACUACUUGGUUGACUUCCUAGACCUCUCGUUCCCCAAUGAAAGACCUGCGAGAGAUCACUCCUAUCUCGAGAUAAAGAAUCGUGUUGGAGUCAUGCGACAGACCGUAAUAAAGGGUUUGCUGUGGGAUGAUCUUUACAUCGGCUUCCAGAACAGACUCUUCCGUGAUCCUGACAUAUACCACCAUCAGUUUUGGAACCAUUUCCAAAUCAAAUUGCCGCUGACCCCACCUGACUGGGAUUCCUAUCUCCAGAGUCGUGUGAGACAGGGCUGUAUCCUACAGUAGAACACCGUUAGAUUAUACAAGUCCAUGAAAGCCAGUUUGAACCAGUCCCCUGAAAGUAUGAAAGUUACUUUAUUUAAUCUGUCUCUCACAAACAGUUUUAAUGUUCACCUUCUGGCAUUGCAGCUUUAUGUAUCACGCACGUGUGUGUGUGUAAGACUUACAGAUUUUCAAAAAUGUCAUUCCAUUCUAUAAUGAAUGACCCAUCUUCCAACAGACCAUAAUAUUAGGGAAAUGUACACUGUAUGUACAGGUGUAGUUUAGUUUGGUUGUAAACAAUUAGACUUUCUCUAGUUUCUCAAAAACCAAGCAAAACAUGUAGCAGUAACUGAAGUUUGAUUUCCAUGCAUCUGGGAUGCUGAUAUGGGGAAGGGUAUUUAACCAAGAUGAGCAAGUAGAUUUAGCUUUUUCUUAAGAGUAAAACUCAUUUGUUUAUGAGGAAAUCACUCAGGAAGUGCAGAAAUCAUGCAGAGGAUUAAAUUAUCUGCAACAAACAGUACGGAGACUAAGACAUUAUGAUUUAAAUCAUUAUUUUAAUUUGGAAGACAUCAAAUUGUUAACAACAGUAUAGAAUUAAAGAUAUAUUCUAUUUAAUUUAUUGCAUCAGGUGAUACACAAAAUAAUGGUGUCAUAUAUUGAUAGUGUCAUAUUAUUAAAUUGUAUUAAGUUGAAAAUAACGCUACUUUAUAAUUUUGAAAAGACUAGUGUCUUAUGCGAAGAAUGUUUUUACUACGUUGAACAUUCUAUAAUCGCUCAAGGUGUAAUUCUUUUAACUCUUUCAGUCGUGAAUUCUUUUUUGUCAAAAUGAAGUUAUAUAAUUCAAAAAGGAACUCAUAUACAUAUGACUUCUGACAGCAUAUGGUAACAUAUGGCGCUAUUUCAGGACUGAAACCUAGACUUGGCAAACCAUCCCGCCUUCUGUACCUGGCGUAUGUUCCUCUUGGUACCCAGCAAUUCCAGUAAUCCAUUUGUAAUACUCCUGCUGACCUGGACUCUGUAACUUUCAAGAACAGAUGUAAGGUUGAAUGCCCUGCACUGUGUAGGCUACAUUGUGUUAUAUGGUUAUAUUAUGGCAAUACAAUAAACGGUUUGCUUUUAUAACAACCUGUCUCAUUUUAGACUCAAAAGUCUGCUUGGAGUCACCACAUGCUCAUUUCCCACGUAAUAAUGCUGCUUCUGCCUUGCUCUCUCCCCCCGGACAUUACAAAGUUUAAACAUUAUGGCAGAAAAACACCCACACAGCAAAUAAAGUGAACAUGUUUCUGAUCAAACAAAGAAGACAUUGGUUAUUGUUUUAUGGAAAACUCAAUAAGCCCUCCUUCAUUUGUUUCACAAGUGCAUUUCAGGUUUUUGCUUUUUGCAUGACUGCAUUCCUCUUUAUCAGUUUCAUCAUCAUAGUAAAGAAUAUGAAUCACCAAGUUUAAUGACAAUUUGUAUAGCUGUUAUGCUGGUAUAUGCAAAUAUGUAAGCGUGACAUCCCCAGAAUCUGAUACUGUCAAGAACUUAAUGUUCCCAGAUAGCACAGCA